AUGCUGACCGAGCUGCAGCUCGUUCUGGUAGCUUCAUGGAUGGAUCUGGCGGUGCGCAUUAUUUUCUCGCUUGGCCUUGUCAUGGCCAUCGCAGAUAUGAUGGAACUGAUACGCUACAUCCCAAUGAGCAAAAAUCCAAGUGGAUGUUCGCGAAGCCUCUCACAUAAAGUUCUCCCCGCUAUCCAUCUUGCAUUUGCUGUGUGGGGUGCUGUUUUACUGGCUUUGCAUGUGUAUGCAGCUACGAAGACACCAAUAAGCAUGUGCAUGCCCAAAGUGCAUCCUCUGGCAGGGACGCUACCUUCGUGCUUCAUGGUGAACUUUAACUGCCAUUACCUUGGGGUCACGGCCACUAAUGAAGAA